AUACAAAAUUCUACUUUGAUUGUCAAUAACUCAAAAUGAAAAAUUUUCCGUUUCUCAUUACGCUGUUAAUACUAGCACUAGUAACAAUAGCAUAUAAACCCACCACCAACUUUUGCAAAUUGAAAUGUGGCGACGAAAAGAACAUCGCCUGCGAUUGCGGCGUUCGUGGAGGUCGAAAGGAAGACCUCAGCGACCUCAACAAGUUUCGAAAGCACAUUCUCAACGUACACAACGAUAUUCGCAAUAGUCUAGCAUCGGGAACGUCAACAGACAUCUCGCUAGGUUCUUCGCCUGUUUCCAACAUGAAUGUUCUCAGUUAUGACCUAGAACUCGAGUAUGUAGCUCGUUGUUAUGCCGUCCAGCACGUUUUUCAUCGUGAUAGGUGCAGACGAACUUCGAAAUUUGAAAACCCUGGUCAGUUUAUAGCGAGAUUUGAAAAAAAAGCUCGGAUAGAAGAAAUCGCGCAGUUCAUAUAUGACACUUUUAACAAUGAAAAACAGAAUAUCAACACUAGUACUAUUGAUAGUUAUGGAGGUUUCAGAAGCGGUGUAAAUCAAAAACCUAUUGAAGAUUUAACUCAAAUGAGUUGGUGGUCGCACACGCACAUUGGUUGCGGUCGAGCCUAUAAUCCGUACCCUGUUUUCAAGAUGGAUGGCUAUGUUACAGUUUGCAAUUAUGGUGGUUUCAGAAAUUCUAACGUCGUAGGAGAACCUGUCUUUAAAAAGGGAACAGCGUGCACAGAAUGUGAGACGAAGGCGACUAUUAGUACUAAUAGUACUGAUAGUACUAAUAGCACUGAUAUUACUAACAGUACUAAUAGUAGUAAUACUACUGAUAGUGGUCCAUGUAAUAGCGUGUAUAUGAAAUUGUGUGGUACACUGGAACCAAUACCGACUGACUCGGUUCAGCCUAUUCCUUCUGGAGGAAUAGAACUUCAAAUAACCAACGUUUUUCUAAUUUUUGGUGGAUGUUUGUGUACUUCAGUAUUCUAUAUGCAUUAAAAUCGAGGCGAAU